CUGAUUGGUCUGCGGUUUGCAGCGGAUGAAAGGUGACAAACGAGACAGUUUCGACAACCUCUUCAAGAGCCAGGCAGGGACGAGGCUCUUCUGCGCGUUGUGGAUGCCUGCGGUUGCCUCCCCAAACGCAUGACAACAAAGGGGGGAAAAGAACGAGACAUACAGUCGCAGACCCGCUCCCUUUGCCUUGAGCAGCCUGCUGGUUGCCAACCUGGACGCGGCUCAGCAGAGGAAGCCGCAGGGACCUCGGGCUCUCCCCAGCGCUGAGCCCUUCAUUCCCGCGAGUUGCUCUUCCUCCUCUGCCUCUCUCUUUCUCUCAGGAGCCGGGGAAAGCGGCCGGCGGCGAGUCUGAGGGGGACCCGCUUUGACUGGCCGCGGACUCCUGCCAUUGGCUGCUCAGGCAGGCGGCGCGUUUCCGACCUAAGAAAGGCAGCGGCAGCCCUGGAGAAGAAAGGGCAGCCAGGGGCCAGCCGUCUCCCUCGUGCCUCUUCAGCGCGGGCUUCCCUUCUCGGGCUUUGCCCUCCCACCGCCAGAAGAGCAACUUUCAGUGGAGGCGAGCAGAGGCGAGGAAGACGGCUCCGAGGGUGCGACUCGGACUGCCUGACCCCAGCAGCGCCUUGGAGUUGCAAAGUCAAAAGAGGCAGGUCGAGGCGCGCGUGCUUCUUGCCAGCCCUGCCUGGGCACUCUGCUUGCGUGCCCCGCUCCUGUAGCCACAACAACCGACCUCAACAGAGAAAAGAUGCGGCCGGCCACGUAAGGAGGGGAGCUGGACCAUGGUGUGGGCGCCCGAGAUUCUCAGCCUGCAAUGGAUCACAUUUCUUCUAUGGAUGCUGAACUCCCAGUUUUUCAUGACUGUUGCCUGUGAUGGAAGCAAUUGAUGCUAAUGUGAGCUCAACUGAGGGAUUUGGCGUGGCAGAGAAGAUUGCACUGCUCACCUUCAUCUCUGCAGUUAUUCUUAUGGCUAUCCUGGGAAAUCUGCUGGUGAUGGUGGCUGUAUGCAGGGACAGGCAACUCAGGAAAAUCAAGACCAAUUAUUUCAUAGUAUCGCUUGCCUUUGCUGACUUGCUGGUGUCCAUUUUGGUGAUGCCAUUUGGAGCCAUUGAGCUGGUUCAAGAUAACUGGAUUUAUGGGAAAAUGUUUUGUUUGGUCCGGACGUCUCUAGAUGUUCUGCUCACGACAGCGUCGAUUCUUCACCUCUGCUGUAUCUCAUUAGACAGGUACUAUGCUAUCUGCUGUCAGCCUCUAGUUUACAGAAACAAGAUGACUCCAAUGCGCAUUGCUAUAAUGUUGGGAGGCUGCUGGGUAAUCCCAACAUUUAUUUCUUUUCUCCCUAUAAUGCAAGGCUGGAAUAGCAUUGGCAUUGCAGACCUGAUACAGAAAAGACAAUUCAACAAGGUGUCCAACUCCACUUACUGCAUAUUUAUGGUCAACAAGCCCUAUGCUAUCACUUGCUCAGUGGUAGCCUUCUACAUUCCAUUUCUGCUGAUGGUGCUAGCCUACUACCGGAUAUACAUUACAGCCAGGGAACAUGCUCACCAAAUACGAGCCCUCCAGCGUGCAGGGGCACCGACAGAUGGGAGACCACACCAUCCAGAUCAGCAAAGUACACACCGUAUGAAGACUGAGACAAAAGCAGCCAAGACUCUCUGCAUCAUUAUGGGAUGCUUCUGUUUAUGCUGGGCGCCCUUCUUUAUCACAAACAUAAUAGAUCCUUUCAUAAAUUAUACAGUUCCAGGUCAGCUAUGGACUGCUUUUUUGUGGCUGGGAUACAUCAAUUCAGGACUGAAUCCCUUCCUUUAUGCAUUCUUGAACAAGUCUUUCAGACGUGCCUUCCUUAUCAUCUUAUGCUGUGGUGAUGAACGAUAUCGAAGGCCUUCCAUAUUGGGGCAAACUGUUCCAUGUUCCACCACCACUAUAAAUGGAUCAACACAUGUACUAAGGUACACAGUCCUGCACAAUGGGCAUCACCAGGAGCAUGACAAGCUUCCGAUCCACAAUGACCCAGAAUCCCAAGAGUCUUGCUUCUGACUAAGGACCCAUAACAUGUCCCAACUUGCAGGACUGCCAAAAGAUGAUCAAGAUCCAGGAACGUAUUGCCAGAUCAAUGUUUGCUGGAUUUCUACAGUGCUGUGCUGUACUCACCCAAAAGCUAAAGGGGUGCUUGCCAGCAGGAAAGAGGGAGCAUAGUUGGCAGUGGAGAAAAGAGAUGUUGCUGAAGACUGAUGCCUGGAAAGUCACAGUAUUUGCAGAUGAUAAGCAAGCAGUGCAGUGCAUAGACUUGCUUGCUCCAGUUAGUGAAUUUGUGUGAAUUCACACACACAUAUUAUCUUUCUUGUUUUGUGACAAUCUGAUGCAUCUUUUCCUAGGUGUUAAUUUGAUACUGAGUGCUAAUAUCAAAUUACACUUUUGCUUUACCAAAAAUAGAAAUACUUUUCAAUUGUGUUUGAGCUCUUACUUAAGAUGUACACAAUUAAUCUGUGCAAUCACAGAAGAGACCAUCCCUAUUUCCUCUCCAUAUAUCUCCAUAUAUCUGCUAGCCAAGAUAAGGAGCACGAAUAGCUAAAAGGGAACUGAAUGUGGUCCACAGGAAUAGAAUUAAUUAUGAAAAGAAGGGACAAUCCAUAAAGACCUAUAGCUCCCACCAAAUUUUUUCAUACAAAAUGUUCAUUAAUUGUAACGUUUAGACCCCACAAUUUGUCAAUGGGGUCCAUACUUGGAGAACUUUGUGUAGUAAUGCUUUGAAGAAAAAAGA